CUGCCAGAUGAUUGUACUGAAAAUGUAGAACUAUACAGUAAUGGGACUAUGGAUAGAUGUCCUUUAAGAAACCAGAUAAAUACAUUUGUACUGGCCGUUUACAUGGUAGUAACACACAUAAUUCUUGUGAAUCUUCUAAUUGCGAUGUUUUCACAUACGUUUACAAAAGUUCAAGACAACAACGAACUGGUUUGGAAAUUCCACAGAUUUUCGCUCAUUCAAGAGUAUUAUGAUAGAUCGUCUUUGGUACCACCAUUUCUUAUCCUCAGUCAUCUCAAGAUAUUUUUAUUGUACAUCAAAAAUAGAUGUACAGGUAAAAGAAAAAACAAGUUUAAAAUUACAGAAACCGAUGCCGAAAAUGAAAAAUUAGCUAUUCUACAAAAAGAUGCAGUAUACAGUCAUUUAAAUUCAUCAACUCGGUUACGAAGACGUCGGGCUAGAAAUAUGGAUGCUGAAAAGGACGGGUUUGAAGCUAGUUAUGAAAAAGACACAGAUCUAAGCUUGCAAGAACAAAUAAAUGUUUUGUCGUCUGACGUAGAUCUAAUUCUGAAGACUGUAAAACAGAUAAUGACAACAAAACAGAAUGUAUUGAUAGUAGAGGUUCCGAGGGGUAUACAUAGUGAAAAUAUAAACAAAUGAAAGCAUCGAUAGGGCCUCGUCAAACCUCACUAAACAUGACAUAUACACAAAUGAUUAGAUGCAAAUCAGAAAAUCUAGCAGAAGCUGAACAAUGAGAGUCUUCAUUACAUUCAGAUUGGUAUCGGUGCUAUACUUUUUAAGAUUGUCACUAUCAGUAUUCUGUUAAAUGAGGGUCAGUAUCAGCAGAUUUGCAUCCAGAGUUUUUCAUAAAACCCAAGGUUAUAUGUAGAAAGGGACUCCAAUUCUUUUUAUUCUAUUACUGAUUCUUGCUGAUAUAUUCCUUUGAAUAUAUAAUAUUUAUGUAUUUAAGUGGAAUUUUAAGAUAUCGAUUCAUCAAUACAUUAACUGUUGGUAACUGUUCCUCUAAUUGUGAUAUUUUUACCUAUUAUGUCUGUUUGUUUUGUUCACACAUCGUUGUAAAUAUAAUAUAAUGUAAUGCGACUGUCAUACAGGUGAAAGGUUUAGCUAGCUAUAAAACAAUUUAAACCACCAUUUUCUACAUAAAAAACUGCCUGUACCAAGUCAGGAAUAUGACAGUUGUUACCCUUCGUUUGAUGUAUUUGAUCUUUUCAUUUUGCCAUUUGAUUAUGGACUUUCCUUUUCAAAUUGUCUUCGGAUUUCGGAAUUUUUGAUAUUUUACUUUUGUUUUGGUAUACAAUAUGUAGGUGUAAAUUUAAGACCAAUAUUCAAUCUUAUAACGGUUAAUCGCAGCUUUAAUGAUAUCAAAGAUGUAAAUGUAUUCCGAAAUAUUAAUUGGUUUAUUGUAGUGUUGUCAAUGGUUAACCAGUUAACCGGUUAAUCGGUCGAACGACCGAAUACCGAAUACCAAAACCGUUAACCGGUUAACAGGACUUUUUUCAAUUUUGACAGAUUUUAUAUAAAUUUGUAUUGAAAUCAUUGAAUAGUUAGGUUUAAUUUAGAAAUUGUCGUCUUGGUAAUUAAUUUGACAGAUCAAUUGUCCAGUAAAUUGAUUGCUAUUGUUAAUCCUAUACACAUAAAAUUGAUUAAUUAAUUAUAACUUGUCUCUCAGGUCGGGGCAGGAUCUUAAAGAAACAUAAUUAGUAUAUAUGUUUUUUUAACAGUAACUCUAAAUCAGUGAUGCGAUUAAAUUAUACGAUUUACUUCAUUAUUUCGUUUCUGAUCUAAUAGUGUGUAAACCUUCACCUAAAUGUACAACCUCCGUCUCGCAAAGCUUAGUCUUACUUUAAAUGAAUUGCUAACUAAAACUAAAAAAAUGUAUAAUGCUAACCAAUUUGAAUGUACUCAAUGUAUACGUGAUAGUACGAGUAACAUGCAAACAAAGUAAAGAAACGGUGUCCUAUAGUUGUGAAUUUCUCUGUCAAUUUAAUCUCUCUGCGGAGAAUUGUCUCAUUCGCAAUCAUCUUCUUUUUUUUAUAAUUAAUCAUUUUAAUUGAAACACCCCACAUCAUUUUCGGAGUCAACAAAUGAAAGGAAAGAGUUAUCAGUUUCAGACAUUUUCAAUUCUACGAGAUCAAGAAGGUUUUUCUAUUUUUCUGAAGUUGGUACAAACGCUAUAGUUGAUACUUUUAUUAAAAGUCAAACUUCGACAGGGAUCCUCACACACAAGCCUUAUAACAAAGAGGACAAACUUUAAUUCUAAAAGCGUAAAUUUAUGAUUUGGAUGAAAGGUUGUCAAAUUGACACUCAUACCACAUGUGGUAUUGACAAGGCUUCCAAGCACCAACCCAAACUACCGGUUAACCAGUUAAUCGGUCGAUCGAUUAUCCGAGUAACCGGUUAGGCAAAAGUGUACGAUUUGACAACACUAGUUUAUUGUAUUACGUUUUUCAUUAACAGUUAGUUUAAACGUGCUAUCUUAAAAACUUACUUUUAAUUCUUUUUUGUAUGUAAUUUUUGGUAUUUCUUAACGAUCCGACGCCCUUUUAGAAAUGACUGUAUAACGUGUAAAUAAUAUAAUAUUGUAAAAUGUUGAUUGUGUAAAAAAGUUUUAUGAAUUCAAACAGAAGUUUUACAGGUUAAAAGUAAUACGUAUACGUCCGUAUAUACAAACACGUUUUACCUUGAUCGUUUAACAUGUCGAGUGAAGGCAGUAAUUGCUUGUAGUUAAUCAAAAUCUCGAAAUAGUAAGUUCCAAUAAACAUGAAAUACGCAUUCUUAAUCAGCCACCAGAAGAUUUUUAUCUUCGAAAGAUUUGAAUGAAAAUAUAUCAAGUUAUUAUACCAUUAUCUCCUGGUGUUGUUUUCUGACUUACCCUUUUUCUGUUUGUUUAUAUUCAAAAUGUGUAUGACCUUUUAUGAAUCGUAAUUUAAGAAAAUUAUUAAUCAUUUAGUUUGAUUAAUUUCAAAUCGAAUAUUCGUCUAGGUAACCAAAACCAUUUAGUUGAGCAUUUUUAUUGUUAAAAAGGGCUUUAAGUACGGAGGUAUUUGCAUUUUAUCAUUUAUGUACCUUUACUUUGUAAUUAUGUAGUUUUAC